AUGUCCUCCACCGGAGAUAACAAGGCAUCCGCCGCUACUUGGGACAACGACCGUCAUGAGGAUCUGGCAGUAAUACUCGCUGAUGUCUCAGCCCCUAUUGGGCUCGAGAACAAGGCUAUCAUCACCAGAAAGAUGCAGGAGCGUGGUCACAACAUUACCUGGGGGGGCAUCAGCGCAGCACCUCAACCACAAUCUAUCGUCAUCAUUCAACUCCUCGCCAUCAUGGCCUCCGGCAAAUGGGAUGAGGCCAAGUUCUUCAACCUUUUCAUAGCCAUCUUCACUGUCACGGUCCCUCAGCUCGCCAAGCAGCUGAAGGAUGCGGUCAUUCAGGCCAUGAAGGCCAACGGCUAUGAUACUAACGGGAACGCGGUCAGGUAA